AUGCUCUGUUAUUCUGACAGGUUCUUCCAGAGUGUGUGUGAAUCCUUCCCUGUGAGGUCCAGAGAGGAUGCCCAGCAGUUGGCCUCUCUCCUCCAGGCCUUGGGCUCCACCCUGUCACUGGGAGGAGAGUUACCCAAGAAAACAUGCAGGUCUGUGGUGAGAGUCCUAAGCCUCUGUGCCUCCAGAGUGGACCUCACUCUCACCCCCAGCAAGAUCUCUCUGAAAGGAGCCUCACUUCUCUUCACACAUGUGUCACAGCUACACAAGCUCAGGCUGAAUGUGGGCAUGGCAGUGAAACUGUCCAGACUGGUCAGGAGGACAGGGAGCGGUGCUACUCCACUGACUCUCCCAGAGCUCUCCCUGGUCCUAAAGAGCAGCCAGCCACCAGAGAGAGUGUUAUCCAGGGCUCUGAGUGGUGUGGCGUCCCUGCUGAGACUCUGGACGGUGCAGUGUCUGGACCUAACUGACAUCUGCAUCCAGGGUCACUCUCUGAUCACACUGCUGUGUCACAAGGGUCCUCUCUCUCUCAGACUGCACUCAGACACUCUGCAGCAGCUGGCUGUAGUUGUGUAUGAAGCUCAGGACAAGGACUUGACUCAGUGGUUCCUGGAGAAGGUUUCUGGAGACCUGACCUCCUGCAGGCUGGACUGGGAAGUGCUUCUCUCUCUGCUGCAGCAGUCAACCCACAACAUCACUGUGGACUUCAGGAAGAACAGGCUUCUAGAGAAGAACAUCUCAGAUCUUCUCCCCUUUCUGGGAAGGGUUAUAUUCAAGAGGCCCAGUUCCAGCUUUGUAAAGUCCACCAUCAGACAGAUCUAUGACAGUAGAGCCAGUGACUGUGUGUCCAGUUUCUUGAGGUCUUCAGACCAUUGGAUCAACCUGAACAGCAGAGAGCUGGACAGAGUGGACUGUACUGCUCUGUGUUUUACCCUGCAGCACUGCCACCAAGUCAAAGUCAACCUGCUGUGGACCUCCAUACCAUCGGGGGAGAUAGAGAGCAUCCUGCCUCUUUUGGACAGAGUCGCCCAACUCAGUGUUGACAGGAUGCUGCUGCUGAGUUUCCUCCACUGCUGCGCUGCCUCUCAGAUCCUGCAGGGGGCAACACCAACAACAGCAGCAGCAGGGCUGCUCAGGGCUCUGCAGCACAGGCUCGACUUCUCCUGCUCCUCCUCUGUGGACCUGUCAGCUCAUGACCAGGGGGAGGCGCUGUGUCUGACCACUGACCACUGUAGGGCCAUAAACUCUGUUCUGAAACAGAGCCAACACAGCACACAGCUGGUUCAGAACCCGACCCGGAACCAGUCCCAAAACCAGCCCCAGCCCAGACCCCAGGUGCAGCUCAUCCUGAAAGACUGUGAGGUGGAGCACGGAGCACUGAGAGAGCUGCUUCCCAUCCUGCAUAUUGUCAAGCUGAGCCCCAGUAAAGCUCUGUUACUUCAGCUGGUGGACCAUGUGUGUGAGGGGAUUGAAGAGGUGGUUCUGAGGCACGCAGAGUCCCUGUGCAGAGCCCUGAAUGGUGAGCUGGACCUCAGUGAGACCAGGCUGAACCAGAAGACCUGUGGAUCUCUGGCCCUGGUUCUGGAACACUCAGAGGGGCUGUCAGAACUGGACCUCAGCCACUGCCAACUCACAGACCACCACCUACAGCCCCUGCUCACACACCUGCACAAAGUUGAAGUCCUGGACCUGAGUCACAAUGACAUCACUGAUGCUCUGACCAACAGAAUACUCCAACUGGUCUCCAGCAACACUUCAAUAUGCACCGUACGGCUCUUCAACAACAGAAUCAACGACAGAAGCCCCUUCCUGACAGACAAGAGGUUUGAGAUCUGGUGAAGUAGCAUCAGGUCUAAGUCCA